UAAAAUAUCAUCAAUCAUGAAUUUCAAAUCUGAAUUGGUCUCAAUUGAAAAUAGCACUGAUAGAACUUCAGUAGUAGAGCACAAGAAAAACUUGCUAUUGUACCAGACCAAUCUUGAAAAUGAAGAACUCGACUUUCUGGGUACUCAGGUGUGAGCAUCUAGAAAUCAUGGAAGCAAAAUUUACUUGAACUCAAAAGAAAAUAUUUUUAGAAGAAACAGAACUAUUUGAACAAAUACAAACUCUAAAUCAAUAAGUUUUUGACAGAAAUCUAAAUAAAACUCGUGGUUCACAGAGUUGACACCAGAUAGCAAGCACUCUUGUGCCGCAAAUAAAGGUCCUAAGUCGAUUUUCUUGUAAACACUUAUAAUCCCUGUAGCCGAAAUAGUCAAGAAUUACUCAUUUGGAACCCUCCCUUUUCAUCACCCUGUGGUGACUCAGAACAAAGACACAGUAGACACAGACUCCAAGCCUAAAAAUAAUUACUCUCGAGAGCAGAGGAAAAGAACAGAAGAAUUUGAUGUUAUUUCUGUGAGUGCCUCCAUUGUUUCUCAAGAUUUCAAUACUUCCUUUCCAAAAGACGAUAGGAGUCUCAAAAUUGAGGAUUAUUCUCGAAUCCAAGAGAACAGCACGGUCAAUAUCGAUGACAUCAGAAGACUGAAGACCAGCUAUGGUCAAAGAAUAAAAUUAAACACUAAGAAAAAUGAUCUAAACCCUGACUUACUAGACUCAAACUUUAUUGAACCUCUUAUCCGGAAGAGCCAGACAUUAUCUCGCUCUAAUCUCAAUCAACCCAAUCUGCUCAGGCCCAACCUUCAAAGCCAAAAUUGCUCGAACCCAGGCCUUAUUGCUAAUCUUUCCAAACAGGCCACCCUAAAAUCUCCAUCUAAGCAAGACCCCAAAAAUGACCCAAAAGAGGACAGACUUUUCAAGAAACUUCAAUAUUGAGAUACCAAGAAAAUCCGUGAAGAAUUUAAAAAAAUAACCAACAGUAUAAAAGCCACACAAAAAUCUUCAAAAAUUAGAAAAUUUAAGAGGUCAUCACAUGCUAGGAAAAUUCGCAAUAAUUUAAAGUUGAGCAAAAGAAUGAAGAUAAAUAUUAAGCCAUUUGCAAGUACAUUCUCAGAAAUGUAUAGUAGUGCAGAUGCUUUAACUUCUUUUAAAAUGCAUAAGUCCUUCUUGAGUUCAAAAUAUAUUGCUCCUAGCUAUCUGUCAAAAGCAACUCAAAGAGAAUGAGCAUUACCUGAUUACCUAAAAUCAAAGCAUUGUACUCUAGAAGAUGAGCUUGACCCUCAGAAAAUUCAGUCAACUAAGGCUUAUAGCUUUAUGAGAGCAAAGAGGGUAAACUACUUUGAAGAAGGAAAGACUCAUAAAAUAGAUAUAUCUGGGCAAGAGUCAACUGAAAUGAACCCAAUAGAGUCGAAAGAAAUUAUCAAAUCUAUAAAAACUCAUUUAAAAUCUGGAUAUUCAUUUUCUAGAGCUGGUCAAGAAUUUGGUGCUACUUAUGGCACUAGGAAUUAUGAUCCUCGCUUGAUCGAUCAGAAAAUGACUCCUUCACCAGGAGCAUAUUUUACAUAAUC